CAUGGGACGCUUAUUUAAUCCCGCUCCCAACCACCGCUUUCCACCACCGCCAAAAACGCCCAACCACCGCGCUCUCUCUUUUUCUUCUCUCUCCUCUCACAUUUCUCUCUUUAAGCUCCUUCCAAAAUGGCGCCGGAACUUGUCCACACUGCCGGAACUCCGGUGAAGCCGCCCGGAGGACGGCGGCUUCCACGACGAGCGUAUGUGACAUUCUUGGCCGGCGACGGCGACUACGUGAAGGGCGUCGUCGGACUGGCCAAGGGCCUCCGGAAGGUGAAAUCGGCGUACCCACUGGUCGCCGCCGUGUUACCGGACGUCCCUGAGGACCACCGGCGAAUUCUGGAGUCUCAGGGAUGCAUUGUUAAAGAGAUUGAACCGGUUUACCCGCCCGAGAACGAGACCCGGUUCGCUAUGGCUUAUUAUGUUAUCAAUUAUUCUAAGCUCCGUAUCUGGGAGUUCGUAGAGUACAGUAAAAUGGUGUAUCUAGAUGGAGACAUUCAAGUUUACGACAAUGUAGACGAAUUAUUCGAUUUACCAAACGGCCAUUUCUACGCCGUAAUGGACUGCUUCUGUGAGAAGACAUGGAGCCACACUCCCCAGUAUCAGAUUGGUUAUUGCCAGCAAUGUCCCGACAAGGUCCAGUGGCCCGACGAUUUCGGUCACCCCUCUCCCCCGCUCUACUUCAAUGCUGGUAUGUUCGUUUUCGAGCCGAGUGUUGCCGUGUAUCAUGAUCUAAUGAACACUCUCAGAGUCACCACUCCCACCCCCUUUGCCGAGCAGGACUUCUUGAAUAUGUACUUUAGAGAUGUUUACAAGCCUAUUUCCUUGGAUUUCAACUUGGUAUUAGCCAUGCUCUGGCGUCACCCGGAGAAUGUCGAUCUAAAUCGCGUCAAAGUUGUUCAUUAUUGUGCUGCGGGAUCAAAGCCAUGGAGGUACACGGGGAAGGAGGAGAAUAUGCAAAGAGAAGACAUAAAAAUGCUGGUCAACAAAUGGUGGGACAUCUACAACGAUCCCUCUUUGGACUACAAGCAGCCUCCGCCAUCCACGGCGGACGGAGAUGCCAUCGACAUGCAGCCCUUCAUCUCUGCUCUCUCCGAGGCCGGACCCGUUCACUUCGUCACGGCGCCCUCCGCUGCUUGACGGCGGAGGAGUUGAAUCUGAAGCUGACAAACUCUGGUUUGGCAAAAAAGAGUCGGAAGUGAUACUCUAAAGAAGUAUAUAAUAUGAUAUGAUGAUGAUAAUAAUAAUUAGUUGUUUUAUUUAUUUUUUUUCUAAUGGCUUUGUUUUUUUGGGCCUUUUUUUGAGGUUUUUUUCGGGAUGUGUAAGUAUGCUUCCCGGAAUUUGGAAAUAUUCGGGAGUUGAAAGCUUUCGUGAUGUUCUAAAUAUAUAAAUACUAAGACACGUUUGAGCGUU